UGGAUUGAUGACGUCACGCGUACAGAAACGUAACAUUUACGAAAAGGAGGUUUAGCAUUGUGUUGGAAAGCUAACGUUAAUUUUUGCUACACUGUCGAUUUAUUUCGCUGUAUAAUACGCAUUCCCUUUGCAUUGUAAACUUGGGAGUCGAAAACUUAGGAUCAAGAUGUCGUACAUGCUACCGCAUCUCCACAAUGGCUGGCAGGUUGACCAAGCCAUCCUGUCUGAGGAGGACCGAGUCCUGGUGAUCCGCUUUGGACACGACUGGGACCCGACAUGUAUGAAAAUGGACGAAGUUCUCUACAGCAUCGCUGAAAAGGUGAAGAAUUUUGCAGUCAUUUACCUGGUGGACAUCACGGAAGUGCCUGACUUCAACAAAAUGUACGAGUUGUAUGACCCCUGCACUGUCAUGUUCUUCUUCAGGAACAAACACAUCAUGAUUGAUUUGGGCACCGGCAACAACAACAAGAUCAACUGGACAAUGGAGGACAAGCAGGAGAUGAUAGACAUUGUUGAAACAGUGUACCGAGGAGCCAGAAAAGGAAGAGGUCUGGUGGUGUCUCCAAAGGAUUAUUCUACAAAAUACAGAUAUUGAUUUUUAUUUUUAUAUACAUAUAUUUUUACCCACAAUUUUUGAACAGUUUUUUUCUCCCUGAUAUUUUGUGACAUGACACAGAGACUACUAAGUUACAGAAGGCAAAGAAGAUCUUUUUCAAAAGGACAAUAUUCUCAUUAAUGCUCAUGAUUGUGUUACAUUGUGCCAUUUGUGUUUUUUAUGAGUAGAUUGAUAGAUCUUAUUUCUGUGAAACCUGUGCUCAAGAAACCAGACACAGUGUAAAAGUCCUCAUAUUUAAACAUAAUAAACAUGGAUGGAUAUUUA